CAGGCCCCAAGCAUGGUCGUUAUCGAGAUCGAUCGCGAGUUUGACCGCUUCCGCAGCCUGCUCGGUGCUCACAAAUGGGCAGAGGUGCUAAGUGACCCGGCGGAAGAGCAGAAAGAUAAAUUCACGCGAAUAUUCUUCUGCAAACUGACGACCGCGCGAGAGAUUGAAAAAGACGGGUGGAGGCGCGUGGACAUCAAAGAGGUUUGGUUCAAGGGAUGG